CACGCAGAAACCUGAGAACGUUUUUGCCUCCCCCCAAAAGAAACCCAUUAGCUGGAUUCGUUUUUGAACAACUGCUGUCCGCGCAAAUCCUUUUCUGUUUUCCGCCCAGUGGGAAUUGCUUCUGUCAAGAUGGCAUCUUACUUCUUCUGGCAAGAAACGAGGACUGUUCAGGGGUUGGUGGGCCAACACGGAUGCCAUGCCAGUGGUUGGCGAUGUACAAAGGGAUAGCCGCUGUCCAUUUCCAGCCGCUCUAACAUUGGAGUCCUUUGUUUGCUCGUGUUCAGGACUCCGCUUCUGAAAGGGGAGGACGUCAGCACUGACCUUGAAUUUUAAGCAUUAGUCUUUAGCCCUUCUCAGCCCUCAAUCUCAUUAGUAAAGUAAUCGCCUUAACAGAAGAUCCCGGGGAGAUCCUACCUACUGGGAUGGGGUGUCCUGUCUGAGAAGCGCUACUUGCACUUUAAUCAAACAAAUGCGAGCCUUGGCAGAUCAUUUUGUUCCUCCUGUGAGCCCCCUCCCGCACCCAAGGGUCGUUCGCCAUCUUACCUCUAGCUUCUGUGCAAGCACAUCUCAGUCUCUGUCGUAUUGCACGUCGCCCACCCAACCACAGGACAAGCCCAGCUUCUUGCCACGAUGGCAUUGAGUGCACCCUUGGAGUCUUCCCUGCACCCCCAGACAGGCGAUGCUGCCCCCAAAAUGGGGCAUGGGCUAGGCGUGGUGAGCUGAUGCUGAGCUCAGGCUUGCAGGGGUGUGGGGAGGAGGAAGGCUGAGGCCGCAGGACGGCCUCUAGCUGCCAUCUGGGCUUUGCUUGUAAAGUCAAGCAUCAGAAAGGUCACGAGAGACACGUGAGGCAAUUCCAGGCAGUGCCAGGCCAUGGCUCAGGCAAGGAAGAGGCAGGACAAACAAAAACUGAAAAUGAGUUGAUGAGAGUAGAUUCAGGUAUGUGAUCUUUUAAUGUAAAUAUCAAAUGGGGUUUCGCAUGGCUUAUCAAGUAAAUUGUGCAAUUUCCGCUUUUUGAAAGACUGCCUUUAUGUCUCCAAAACAAAGCCAGUUGGACCGGAACUUCAAAUCUAUUAAGCCAUAGGACAGGUACCCGGCCAAGCGGUAGCAGAACGCAGGCAUGUAAUAAAAGUCAAAAUAAAUGAGUAAGAUACAUAAGUAGAUAAGUAAGUACAUAAAUACGUGAGUAAUCACAAGAGACAUAGGUAGAUCAAAGAUGGCUGCAAGCCUACCCAGUGUCGGUUUUCCUCCUCUCCCUUACUCUUCGAAUUAGAAAGGAAGAAGCCGAGUUUUAAUUAUAUGUGGGCAUUUUAAUUACCCACACGGAAAUCACAAGACACCUGGAAGUGUCGGCUUACUCAUUGAGAUUGCAGGACAUAGAACGGUGUACAAGAGUCCGCGGCGUCUCUACACGUCAGCAGUGAGUCCUUAGAAGGUGUCCCACUACAGAUGCCAGCAUCCAGAAGAGUGGAGCAAUGGCUCACAUCCAUGCAUGGAAUCUUGUAGGGCUGGGCUGUCCAUUCAGGGUCAUCCAUCGAAAUACCAGGGAGAUUUUUCAGUGAACUAAAGUUGUCCCCCCCAUCCCUCACCCGGCGCCCCUCGGUGCUGCCACUGUGCUUGCUACCCGCCAGGACAUCCCCAGGAUGCACGGAUGCCCCCCGUCUCCACCUGUCUGCAUGAAGCCUCCUGGAUUUACAUCUCUGGCCUGGAAAUCUUGGCUCUGGGAUGAUAAUGUUCCCUGCACAAAAUCGCUUGCUUUAAUAGACAACAGCCGCAUGUGACUCCCAAGGGGCAGUGCCUGGGUGGCACAGGGGCUCCUGUCGGGUGAGCUCCGCGGGGAGGGGAGGUCUAGCUCGAUGGUCCUGGAGGGAGGGGAGUGGGGACAGGCUGUUGCUCUUCUCUUCUCUCUCUGGGAGCCCAUUGCCUGUGUGUGGCCUCCGCCGUCUGUCACCUUAGCUAUUGCUGAUGUCCCAAGCACAGACAGACAGCAUGCAGAGGAGAAAAGGAAUCAUGUGGCCUUGUUUUAGAGGUCACUUUUGAGUGACACCCCUCACUAAAGUCCCUACCGCACAUUUUUAGCUGUGGCAAGACAUGCGAUUGAAAGUAGUUUCAGAGUCCAAAUCCAUGGAAUGGUUUCAGGGGCAUUUGCUGGCUGUGGAAACAAAGAAGGACAUGCCUUCAGACAGUGUUUUAAAGAUCCUGAGCCCUGGAUGACAGCUGAGCUCACCCCCUGUCUACUGUGGGUUAAAUGGUGGCCCCCCAAAAGAUAUGUCCAUGUCUUAACCCCUGCAACCUCAGGCUGGGAACUCAUUCAGAAAUAGGGUCUUUGCAAGUGUGAGUAACUGAAGGAUCUGAGAUGAGCUCAUCCUGGACGAGGGUGGCCCUAAAUCCAAUGACAGGUGUGCUUACAAGACACAGAGGAGGACACACAGAGGCAAAGCCACACGAAGACCAAGGCAGAGAUGGGAAGGAUGCGGCCAAUAGCCCAGGGAUGCCUGGAGCCUCAGGAGCUGGAAAAGGCAGGAAGGACCCUCCCCAGGAACCUCAGGAGAGAACAUAGCUCUGUCCCACCUGGAUCUCAGCAGCCCUGCCCUGCCUGGAUCUCAGACUUCUAAAAGGUCUCCAGAGCUGGGACAGGAUAAUUCCCUUGGUUUAGGCAUAUGGGCUUUUUUUUUUUAAAGAUUUAUUUAUUUGAGAGAGCGAGAAUGAGAGAGAGAGAGAGUACAUGAGAGGGGGGAGGGUCCGAGGGAGAAGCAGGCUCCUCGCUGAGCAGGGAGCCUGAUGCGGGACUCGAUCCCAGGACUCCGGGAUCAUGACCUGAGCCGAAGGCAGUCGCUUAACCAACUGAGCCACCCAGGCGCCCCAGGCAUAUGGGUUUUGUUAUGGCAGCCCUAAAAGAUUAAUUAUGCCCCCUUUGUCUCCCCAUGUAAAGGGGACUAGAGACUCUUCAAUGCAUGACAUGAGUAAUCGAUGCUAGUGAUUAGCAAGCAUACUGGUUUUGGAUGCGUUCCAUAGCUGAUGGUGUAAGGGAGGGAGGUGACAGAUGCAGAGGCUAUUUUAGGGCUGUGCGCACAGCAGGGACAGAAGGAGCGAGCAGAAAGCCAGCGAGUACCUUUAAGCUUUGUCAUCCCCUUAAUAGGGCUAAUAGGAUUUUCUACAGUGAUCGGCCUUUGGCUCACCCUGGGCCUCCAGCAAGGAGCUCUGGCAGCGCCGAGUGGCUGGCCGCCGCACCACUUGCUAACCGACACACACACCCUGCAGCUGGGACAACCAGGGGCUCUCAAGGCCAGCCUGGCGUGGGACAAAGAUGACUUGCCCCGAGGAACAGGCAUACCGUCUGCUGACUGAAUACUCAAAUGGGUUCAUGGUCUCCCAGGUUCUGUUUGCCGCCUGUGAGCUGGGCGUGUUUGACCUUCUGGCUGAGGCCCCAGAGCCCCUGGGCGCGGCAGCCGUGGCUGCACGGCUGGGCACCAGCUCCUGUGGGACAGAGCUCCUGCUGGACACCUGUGUGUCCCUGAAGCUGCUUCAGGUGCAAACAAGGAGGGGAAAAGCUUUGUAUCAAAACACAGAGCUCUCCAGCACCUACCUGGUCAGGGCCAGUCCCAAGUGCCAGGGCAACAUGCUGCGGUACCUGGCCAGGACGACAUAUCUGUGCUGGGGCCACCUGGCCCAGGCCGUGAGGGACGGCAAGAACCAGUAUCUGGAGGCAUUUGGGGUUCCCUCUGACGAGCUCUUCAGUGCCAUCUACAGAUCUGAGGGCGAGCGGCUGCAGAUCAUGCGAGGUCUGCAGGACAUCUGGAGCAUCAGCGGGAGGCAUGUGCUGGCCGCUUUUGACCUGUCCCCGUUCCCGCUCAUCUGCGAUAUUGGUGGCUGUUCUGGGGCUCUGGCCAAGGAGUGCACCUCUCUGUACCCUGGGUGUCGGGUCACCGUGUUUGACAUCCCUGAGGUGGUACAGAUGGCCAAGAAGCACUUCUCAUUCCUGGAGGAAGCGCGGAUCAGCUUCUGUGAAGGAGAUUUCUUUAAAGACCCGCUUCCGGAGGCAGAUCUGUACAUCCUGGCAAGGAUCCUGCAUGACUGGACCGAUGCGCGGUGCUCACACCUGCUGGCAAGGAUCCAUCAUGCCUGCAAACCAGGUGGCGGUGUCCUGGUGAUCGAAAGCCUCCUGGAUGCAGAUGGGCGGGGCCCUCUGACCACGCAGCUGUACUCGCUGAACAUGCUGGUGCAGACGGAGGGCCGGGAGAGGACCCCUGCCCAGUACCUCGCACUCCUGGCUCCUGCCGGCUUUCAGGACUUCCAGUGUAGGAGAACCGGGGGCAUUUACGAUGCCAUCCUAGCCAGGAGGUAG